AUGAAGAGAUUUAGAUUUCAUUUUUGGUUCAACGCGAGUUUCAUACUGCUCUGUGUAAGCGUUAGUUCGAGUCUCGAUUAUCGACUGGAACGCGAUGUGGUACCUUUAUUCUACAAUUUGACAAUCAGACUUUUGGCUGAUGAAGCCAAGCCAAAUACUUUUAACGGUGAUGUCAGCAUAACUUUGCAGGCUGUGAAAACCGAUAAAGAAAUAAAGGAAAUUACACUACAUUCAGAUGGCCUUGAGAUAGAGGAAUGCUUAUUUUACAACGAGUCUGGUGUCCUGAUAAGCACAAUUGAUACCAAUCAAUUGACACUGGACAGAACAACACAGAAAUUAAGCGUCCUACUAGAAGAAGCAUUGGCUUUGAAUGAAAAUUACACAAUUCGAUUUAAGUACUCUGGUGAAAUAGGUUCCGGAGUGGAGGGAUUAUUUGCCACAACCUACAUUGAGGAAGGCUCUGGAAUAACGAAGUCCGUAUACCUCACACACAUGCAAGCGAUAAAUGCCCGUUUAGUGUUUCCUUGUUUCGAUGAGCCUGCUUUCAAGGCUAAGUUUCAAUUGCAUAUAGAACGACCAAGCGGCUAUAAUGCAAUUAGCAACACCAAGCAAAUCAGCUCGUCUCCCGAAAGCAACAAUCGUUAUCUGGAUCAUUUUGAGGUGACACCUGUAAUGUCCACUUAUCUGCUGACUUUCAUUGUCUCCGAGUAUACGGCCAGAGGUAAUGAAAGUGACUAUGCCGUAGUAUCAAGGCCAGAGUUCUAUGACAACACAGAGUUUAGCUAUAAUGUGGGAGAAAGAGUUUUGCCGGUAUACGAGGGACUAUUCCAACAAACCUACAAAGAACUAGGCAAUGAGCUUCUACAACAUGCCACAACGCCCAGCUUUCGCCACAAUACUAUGGAGAACUGGGGUCUUAUCAUCUACAAAGAUGCAGUUCUGGUGCAAAAACCUGGUUACACAGAUGGCUGGUCGGAUAAAGAAUUCACCAUUCGCAAUAUAGUUCACGAGACAUCCCAUAUGUGGUUUGGUGAUAGUGUAACCCUAUCCUGGUGGAGCCAUGUUUGGCUAAAUGAAGGAUUUGCUCGUUAUUAUGAGUUCUUUGUGGCGCACGAGCUCUAUCCAGAGUAUCAACUAGACCAACAGUUCGUCGUGCGCAAGCUUCAACAUAUAUUCCCCUCAGAUGCAGUAAAUAGUACCCAACCCCUGACAAGUCCGGAAGAAAGCAUUCAGACGUCUUCGGACAUAUACUUUAAGUUUGCGAAUAUUCCAUUCGCCAAGGGGGGCAGCAUUGUGCGGAUGUGGCGCAAUGCCAUGGGGCAUGACAACUUUGAUGCCGCCAUCAGAGACUACCUCAAGCAGCACCAUUUGGGCAACACUGAACCUCAGGACUUGUUUUACCAUCUCAAACAAUAUUGGCCAGUAAAAUCAGAACUCGUCAAUUUGGAUCAGUUUUUAUACGAUUUUACUGAGCAAGUAGGCUUCCCGAUGAUUGUGGUCAAUGCUAGUUUUGAGAAUAAGCAAAUCAGGGUAGAGCAAAAUCGGUUUUUACUUAGUCCUGGUGAUGGCAGCGAUCCCAAUAUCCGAUACACUAUUCCCAUUACGUACACCACGAAUCUGGCACCUGAUUUCCAGAAUCUCACUCCCAUCGGUUACUUUAGCAAAGUCGUUGAUGUAUAUGAUAUCUGGUUUGAUGAAGCCAUUGAUUGGAUAGUCUUCAACUUGAAGCAAUCCAACUACUAUCGUGUUUUCUAUGAUGCACCGCUCCUGAACAGCCUUCAGUUGGCAUUGCACAAGUCAGACCACAGCGGUAUCGCGGUAGAGAAUCGAGCUCAGAUUGUGGAUGAUCUUUUUAGUUUCGCCCGUGUUGGAUAUGUUGACUAUGAAGAGGUGUUUCAGUUUAUUGAAUAUUUGAGCCAGGAAGUCGAAUUUAUUCCUUGGUAUUCCACAUACCAAUCUCUUCAAUUGGUGGCAAAUCGUCUAACACCAGAUCAACUGCCCAACUUUGCCAAAUAUCUGAGUGAUAUAACCUCAGCAGUGUUUACCAAAUUGGGAGCUUCUGGUAAGAACAGCGAUUCUGUCCUCGAUGUCUACAAUCGAAACCAACAAGUGGCAUGGCUUUGCAAAUAUCAGAUUAAAUCUUGCCAGGAACAAGUGCAAGUGCUUUACGACGUCCAGAAACCAAUUCCCGAUUAUCGUGAGACCUUUUACUGUGCAGCAGCCAGAACUGAAGGUUAUAUUAAGAUUUUGGAGUUAUAUAGGGAGGAAACUUAUCCCACGGAACAGGAUCUCCUUUGGCGUGCUGCCAGCUGCACCCGUAACUACACUGGACACUAUCAGAAUGAGAUUUUGAGCUAUAGUAGAACUCUGGCCGAGAAGAAAACAGCUAUAUCCCAAAUGUAUCAACAAAAUCCGGACCUAGUUACUCCCAUUUUCAUCAUGCUAAGCGAGAAUAUUACACAGUUGAGUGAAGCCCUUGGUAGCUGGGCGGAAACCGCCCAAGUGAUAAGCGAUUUGGCGGAUUACUUCACCACCCGCGAACAACACCAAUUGCUGUCCGAUUUCUAUGACGAGAAUCACCUGCUCUUUGGCACUUCGGCAGAGACGCUAAUCACAGCCCUAAACUCGGUUGAAAGCAACUUGCAGUGGGCCCAACAGCGUUUAGGUCGCCUCGUGAACUUCCUCAGCCUGCGGAACAUCGGCGGUGCUACCCAAACGAAGGCUUUGCCAAUGGUGGCGCUGUUGCUAGGUCUGAUUCUGAUUUGUAUUUGGUCUUAAGUGAACUUAACCACUCAUAUAUUGAAUAAAGAAAUGACACAUCAGCAAA